GACAUCAGACAUCUCCCCAGCCAGACAGAAAGAGGCGAGACGUCAGUGUUUUUAGAACUUGAAGAAAUACAGGAUUCCGAGGAGAUACCGACUACCGCUGUGUGAAACGACUCAACGCUAGAAGCCAAGAUGAUGAACAGGAUCGCCGUGAAACUUUUCCUGACACUUGGGCUCUGUCUGAUUGGGGUAUCUGCUCAAGAAACAGCAAGAUCCCAGCCAGAUGCAUUUUGCGAGCCCAAUAAAAUAUUUUACCCCUGCAAGCCUUGCCCCAGAAGCUGCGGGAACGUCGAGAUCCCGUGCUUGAAGCUUUGCCAGCCUGAGUGUUACUGCAAGCCCGGCUUCGUCCUCUCGUCGCCAACAUCCAACACGUGCAUCCCGGAGAGCGAGUGCACCUCCUGCGGCCCCAACGGGAAAUUCGACGACUGCAACUCCCAUUGCCAAGACACAUGCGACAAUUACCUGCAGCCAAACCGGGCCUGCCCCAUGAUGUGCUCCCCGGGCUGCGUGUGCCAAAAGGGCUUCGUCAUGCACAAUAACCAGUGUAUCAAGCCAGAAGCCUGCCCCAGGAGCGCCAGAUCCUUCAGCCCAUUACUCUUACCCCUACUGGCUGGGAAACUCAACAUCACCAGACAGUAACGAGGCCCUUCAACCUUAACUACGCAUCCUAAUAUUUUAUUUUUUCUGCACUUUUUUUUCAUCUAUGCUUUAAAUAAAAUAAAUUAUAUUUAACUUUU